AUCAGUGUUUGAAGUGAAGAGAAUUUUCUUCUCCGUAUCGAUCUCGACGAAAGGGAGAUAGUUACAAAAGCGGACCGUUUGCGAACUGUGAAAGUUCUUGGAAAUUCAGGUUGCAGUUUAUGAUGUGAAUUAGGGACAGGAAAAAACCCCACAGAGUUGAGUAUAAAAGACAGUUAGAUAAUAUCAGGUGAAGUUUUCUUGUUGCUAAUUAUUAAGGUUUUUCGCAAGCUGAAUACUCUUCGAAGCUGAUUCGAAAAAAAAAAAAGAAGAAAAAAAGAUUGAAAAUUCGUAUCUGGUGUCUGGUUUGUUAUACACAAAUUAUUUUCGACGGAAGUAUAAAGUUCAAAACUCUUCGUAAUAAUAGGAAAUGCAGAUAUGUUAUUAUAGUGUUUAAGGAAAUAACUCGGAGGAAAACAAAUAUUAUUGCACAUUUGGAGAAAAAACCAAGCAAUUGUGUUUUAUAGAGAUUUAAUAACAGUUUUUUAAACUUUAGACCGCAAAAAAAAAAAAAAAAAUUCUGAAAAAAGAAAAAAAAGGUAGUGUACGCUUGAAGCAAAAUUCUGAAAGCAAAAAGGUAUUGUUUGUUAGGAAAUUAAAUAAAUUUUUCAAGAAAUGUGAACGUAAUUUUUAUUUCGGCGAUGCAAAUGCAAUCAUUGUCUUCUGAAAAUUCGACCUUACGAAGAAAGGUGGUGUUUUGUUCGUAAUGAAGUGUGUGCUAUGGAGUUGUGAAUAUAAACUUUGUGUUCCAAAAUCUUUGACGCAAAACAUCUAAAAAUGUAAAGCUGUGUUUACUAGCGAAUCAGCCGCAUACAGACGUGAAUAACGUUUAUACUACGCAUUACGAAUUUAAUCGCCACAUUCAGAAGAAAAAACAAGUUAAGCAGAAGGAUAUACUAAGAUGUCAUUUUUUAUUUUAUUGUUAAAUAAAAAAAUAAGUGGAACGAAAUGUGAACCACGUCUACACAUUGGAGGUGAAUUUAUGACAGUAUUCUAAAUAUUCGACAUAGAAGCCACAGGAAGUGGUAACAUUAACGUCGAACUGCCUUCAGCGUAACAUCACUACGCGUAUGUAAACCUAUCUGACUUACUCGCACUGUAAAAAAGAAAAGAAAAAAAGAAGACAUAUUUAUUGAAAAGAAGACACUCAAUGAAUUAAUUACUUUGGAAAGAAAACAAGGAUUCUCAGAUGCUGCUACAAAUCUACAUGACAACAAAACGGGUGAUUUAAACAGCACGAUUGCACGUGGAAAUAACGCUCUGCUGCGCGUGAAGUUUAGCUGGAUUUAUGUCGGCAGACGGUUUAAGUGGCGGGAAGUAGCGGAAUCUGGUAUAGAAUUUCCGAGAUCGGGCAGUGACACCAUACGCGCACUGCUAUAAUACUUAAGUACAAUCAUUCCCAAAGCUAAAUCUUCAGUGUAUUGUAAUAUUGAAUUCCGCUACUUGCAUAUAGACUUGCGGAGCGCUAGUAGCCGGCGUACCGUCGACUUAUCUAUACCAUAAUCGACGAGUUAGUCCAAUGGUGAGGAGGGCUCGAGUAUUCUGGGAUGCUUAAGGGAUGCACAGUUGUAAAUAAUGGUGGAGGGUUUUCUUUUCUUAUUUUAUUUUAUUUUAUUUUUUUCUAAUGGUUCGGCUUAGCGGGAACCAAUAAGAAGAAGAAGAAGCGAAAGUGAAUGUAUCACGAAAGGGGAUCGGAAAAAAGUACUGGUUGUUUGAAAAUCGUUUUUCAGGAAUGGAUCGAAACGAAAGAUUUCCUGACGUCACACUCGCGGAACAGAAGUCGCCCGAGAAAGCAAAUGACGUCAUGACGAAAGAUACCGUCGUACGGAUACGCCAGGCGGAUCGAACCGGAUGUUACGUCACGAGAUUCAGGAUUAUAUUCUUAGGGAUAACUCUUGUUCUUCUCAUCAUUACAUUAUUAACUUUCAUUGGGAUGUAUUUCCGACGAGAAGAAACCUGCGGAUGCGGGGCGAAUCAGGUCACAUACGACAAACCCAACCCUGGGGCCAGUCAACAGGACAAUCACGUGACUGGUAUCAACCAAUCAACGCCGUGCGCCUGUGACGCUGGCUCCACUUCCGCUCCUACGGGGCAGAAUCCCAAUUUGCAUAAAAACCCGGAUGCAUCUAAAAUUCCACCUUGGAAGCAGAUUCGUUUGCCAAAAGCUCUCGUUCCUGGGCACUACGAUUUAAGGCUGAAAAUUGAUUUGACAAAUUUCGUUUUUUCCGGAUCUGUAAAUAUUUCCUUAUACGUGAACAGGUCCACGCGUUUCGUUAUGUUCCACAGGAGUUCGUUGCUAGGGAUACUAGAGAAGCACGUUAGAGUGGUUCCCCUGGGCCGGUUUCCAAGACGACACAUCAAGAGACAGUUUUAUGAAAAGCGCUACCAGUUCCACGUGCUUGAACUGAACGGAGAGUUGCCGGUCGGUUCGGAGUAUUCGUUACAAAUCGGAGAUUUCCGUGGACGGAUUAUUCAGAAUCUGCGAGGACUGUACAAAAGCACGUACAAGACCAGAGAUGGGACGGAAAGAGCAUUGGCGGCAUCUCAGUUACAGUCGACUGACGCACGUCGGGUAUUUCCGUGUUUUGACGAACCGGACUUCAAAGCUACUUUCAAAACCACUAUCAUACAUCAACCAGGAUACAAUGCUCUCAGCAACAUGCCGGUUUAUCGGUCGUCAGUUCUCACCAGCGGUUGGCUGAAGAAAGAGUUUCUCAGCACGCCUAUCAUGUCCACCUACAUCCUGGCAUUUGUUGUCGCCGAUUUCAAGUCUCGUAAUUACAGCUUUAACAAUGGAUACGAGUUCAGGGUGUGGGCGCAACCGGAAGCCUACUCUCAGACGGAGCACGCGAUGGAUUUCGGGAUCAAGGCUUACGAGUUCUUCACCGAGUACUUCAACAUCAGCGACGUCGUGCCCAAGGCUGAUCACGUAGCAGUUCCGGAUUUCAGCGCAGGCGCAAUGGAGAACUGGGGUCUGGUGAUUUACCGUGACACGGCCCUACUGUACGACUCUGAAGUAUCGUCGAGUUCAAACAAAUACAUGGUCACUCUCAUUGUGGCGCACGAGAUCGCACACUCCUGGUUCGGCAACAUGGUGACGAUGAAGUGGUGGGAUGACCUGUGGCUGAACGAGGGUUUCGCCAGCAUCCUCAUGUACUUCGCCAUGGAUAACACCUACCCGGAGUGGAACGUGUUUCCAACACAGGUUGUGGAGGAUAUGUUUCCCGUGAUGGUCAAAGAUGCCAUGGUGACGUCACAUCCGGUAUCAGCCGAUAUCAAAGACCCCGAUGAAAUCCAUCAAUAUUUUGACGUAAUUUCAUACUGCAAGGGCAUGGCGGUCUUACGGAUGAUGCAGGAUUUCAUUGGAUGGGACAGUUUUAGGCGGGGCCUACAGAUGUACAUAAGAAAAUUCAAGUUUAAGAAUGCAGAGAGCUAUCAACUGUGGCAAACGUUUACUGAGGCUGUGAACAACACGUUCAUUAUUAAGGAGAUAAUGGACACGUGGACGAAGCAAAGCGGAUAUCCGGUUGUCACGGUGCGCGAGGUUAACGGAAGUUAUAGUCUCGAACAGUCGAGAUUUCUUCUGAAUCCGGAAGAAGCCGAUCCGGAGGAUUCUAAUCCGUUUGGAUAUAAGUGGUAUAUUCCGUUCACUUACACCUGUCAAGACUCGCCUACAGAAAAACAACUUGUGUGGCUCAACCGAGGAUCAGCAACAAUACCGAAACCUUCUUCUGGUUGGUUGCUAGGUAACGUAGACUACAUGGGAUUCUUCCGCGUGAACUACAUGCCGGACAUGUGGCGGAAGUUGGUGGAUCAGCUUCUGUUAAACCACACAGUUUUCCCACAAGCCAACCGGGCAGGGCUGAUUGGUGACACGUUUGCUUUGAGCAGAGCCAAGAUGCUGGAUUAUGAAAUGGCGCUCAAUUUGACUCGCUACCUCAAGAAGGAAAUGAGUUACGUCCCCUGGAGAGCUUUCCUGGAUUCGAUCGAGUUCCUGCGUGGGAUGAUCGCGACACGCGCUGCGUACGUGCACCUGCAGCAAUACUUGCGCAAUCUUGUCGCUCCUGUGUUUGAUUUGGUUGGUCCUAUGGAUCAUGGAAGUCUCUCAGAAAGGUACUUGAGAAGGAUCAUUCUCGGUAUCGCCUGUGACGUAGGCGUGGAGAAAGCCGUCAAAUACGCACACUCCAUGUUCAAAGCCUGGAAGAAGUACGGAACAAGACUUCCCUCUGACCAGGCGGUUCUGAUCUACUCUGUGGGGGUGAGGGAGGGAGGGGCGGAGGAGUGGGACUUCCUGUGGGAGAAGGCUCACUCGACGUCGGUGGCCUCAGAAAGAGCCAUGAUGAUGGAGUCUUUGGCGCAGACGCAGAAACCAUGGUUACUGUGGAGGUACGCCAACUGGUUGUUCGACCCCAACAAGAUCAAACAGCAGGACGUGCGGCUCGUGAUGGGUUACUUCACCAAGACCCCGCUCGCCCGCAUGGUGGCGCUCGACUUUCUCAUGAGCAGGUGGAAGGAUAUGGUAAACAGUUUCGGACAUGACCCGUUUCUGAUGAGGGAGGUCAUACCUACAGUUACAGCAUUUGUCAACUCCGACUUUCACUUCAGACAGCUGAAGAACCUGUUUGAAGAAACACCUCUGAGAGUGGCGUCUAAGGCCACUGAAAAUGCGUUGGCGUUAGCCAGGUCGAACAUCAAGUGGAUGAAGACUCAUUACAACCAGAUCGCUGAUUGGCUGGAGAAGAAUCAGACCUAGCUCCCACGUGACUGGACAGUGGCGCCCGGAUGACGGCGCCAGCCAAUCAACAUUCUCUUCUGACCUCGUUCGAUCGUGUUCGUGUGGGCCUUUUUGAACAGUCAUGUUUCUACUGCGUUCAAUUUUAUUAUCUUAAUAAAACUUUAUCUUUAUUCUGCUUCGUGAA